AUGUCUCCCAUCUGCAAUGCCCGUGUGUUGUUCAAGGAAUUCCCGGGAUCAGAUUAUCCGGUCGUUGAUCAACAUCUCGCGUACGACGACUCGCAGACCGUAGAUCCUGUAACCGACCCUCUCGAUGGAGGUUUCCUGGUGAAGGUCUUGUAUCUCUCCGUAGACCCUUAUCUCCGGCGACGAAUGACGCCAGGUGGGGCCCCUGAAGAGUCUAUUCAACCUUUUGCUAUCAACGAGCCCCUCGUCAAUUAUGGCGUCGGCGUUGUUUUGCGGUCUGAACACGCCAAAAUCAAAGCAGGAAGCCAUCUGGUAGGAUUUUUGCCAUUCCAAGAAUACGUGAUCCUUCCAAACGACGACGGGAUCACUCUCCUCGACUCGAAGCCUGACGGCAUUUCGUGGUCUGCAUAUAUUGGCGUGCUCGGGAUGCCGGGAUUGACGGCAUACUCCGGGUGGAAUGAGUUCUCGCGAGCAAAACCGGGAGAAACCGUGUUUGUCACCGCCGCAUCCGGUGCUGUUGGGGCAGUGGUCGUGCAGCUAGCUAAGCUAUCAGGGUGCAAGGUGAUCGCGUCUGCUGGGUCCGAAGACAAGGUUGAAUACGCGCGGACCAUCGGUGCCGACGUCGCAUUCAACUGGAAGAAGGAUAACACCCGUGAGAUUCUCAAGCGAGAGGGCCCUAUCAACAUCUGCUGGGACAACGUCGGCGGAGAGUCCCUCGAAGCCGCACUGGACGCCGCGGCGUCCCACGCGCGUUUCAUCAUCUGCGGCAGCGCCUCGAACUACAACACCGGCACCCCGUACAACGUCAAGAACCUGCAGCUGCUCAUCUGGAAGGAGAUCCACUUUUACGGUUUCCUGUACUUGUCGCUCCAGCCCAAGCACGGACCCGCGUUCCUGCGCGACAUGCCGCGGCACGUUGCAGCCGGGGAAGUCAAGUUCAAGGAGCACCUCACGCGUGGGCUCGCGCGCGCGGGUGACGCGUUGCUUGAUGUGCUCAGGGGUGGGAACUUCGGAAAGAGUGUCAUCGUGGUCGCGGAGGAGUGA